AUGGGUUCUCAAUCAACCGAUGGUGGCCUUGGACAGGAAUUCACUAGCCAUGUUAUCCAAGCCAUGGGUCCAAAUACCACUCCCAGGAUGCGGACUGUCUUAUCCGCUCUUAUACAGCAUGUUCAUGACUUUGCUCGCGAAGUCAAUCUGACGACGGAGGAAUGGUUGGCGGGUGUGGAAAUGAUUAACUGGGCAGGCCGGAUGAGUAACGACAAGCGCAACGAGGGACAGUUGGUGUGCGAUGUCAUUGGGUUGGAAUCACUUGUGGAUGAUAUCACAUAUAGAGAAGCCAGCAAAACAGACAAGCCCCCCACAUCGUCUGCCAUUCUGGGGCCAUUUUGGCGUGCUGAUGCGCCAAUUCGAGAGAACGGCACAACUAUCACAUUCAACACCCCCAAGGAUGGCGUGGUAGCCUACAUGCAUGGCCAAGUGACGGACGCUGAGACAGGCAAACCACUCCCAAAUACCUCAGUGGACGUUUGGCAGGCUUCAACAAAUGGCCUGUAUGAGCAGCAGGAUGAUGAUCAGAUUGAUUGCAACCUGCGCGGCAAAUUCAUCACCGAUGCGGAGGGUCGGUAUUCGUUUUACUGCCUGCGCCCGACGCCAUAUCCUAUCCCUUUCGAUGGUCCUGCAGGAAAGUUGCUAAAGCUCAUGGAUCGCCACGAGUUCCGACCGGCACACAUCCAUCUCAUUGUUCAAUCAGAGGGAUACAGCUCAUUGACCACUCAAAUUUUUGACAAAGAUUCCAAAUAUCUUGAAGACGACAGCGUGUUCGCCGUAAAGGAUGGAUUGACUGUCGAGUUCAAGCCUCGUAAGGGAGACUCACAGGCGGAAUGGGACCUAGAGUAUGAUGUGAAACUGGCGAAGAAGAAUUAA